AAACACUUGCAAUUCUUCACACUCUCUACAAUGUUGUCUCUGCUCUGUUUCCUUGUGUCUCUUCUCUUUCUUCUUCUACUUCCUUGUCUCCGACCUUGCUUUUCUGCUAAAGGAUCUCUGAAAGAUAAAAAGAAGAUUGACGAGGGAACUUAUGUGGUCGGAGAGGAGGAGCCACCUAAAGGGCUUCGAAGAGAGCUGAUGCCGAGACACGUGGCAGUGAUAAUGGACGGAAAUCGGAGAUGGGCGAAACAGGCCGGAUUGUUGACGUCACAAGGCUACGAGGCUGGAGCUAAACGGCUUAUAGAGUUAGCCGAGCUCUGCUUCAAACUAGGGAUAAAUACUGUCUCAGCUUUUGCUUUCUCCACUGAGAAUUGGGGAAGACACAAGAUUGAAGUCAAAUGCUUGAUGUAUUUGUUCCAACGUUAUCUCAAGUCAAAGAUCCAAUUCUUCCAGAGCAAGGAAAUCCGAGUUUCUGUUAUCGGGAAUCUUGCGAAGAUUCCAGAAUCUCUCCUUGGAAUAAUCACAGAGAUAGAGGAUGCUACAAAGAGUUACAAGAAGAAGCAUCUCAUCUUGGCCAUAGAUUACAGCGGGAGAUUCGACAUCUUGCGUGCUUGCAAGAGCAUUGUGAAGAAAUCAGAACACGGUUUGAUCCGAGAGAAAGACGUGGACGAGACGUUGUUCGAGAGAGAGCUUCAGACCAAGUGUACAGAAUUCCCAAGUCCUGAUCUCUUGAUUAGGACAAGUGGAGAACAGAGGAUUAGUAACUUCUUCUUGUGGCAACUCGCUUAUACCGAGCUCUUCUUCUCGCCCGUCCUUUGGCCUGAUUUUGAUAAGGACAAGCUUUUAGACGCCCUGGCUUCGUAUCAGCACAGGGAAAGACGAUUUGGCUGUCAGGUCUGAUCCACAUUUGAUCCUCUGCUCCGCUCUGUUCUGUUAUGUUCAUCUGAGAUUUCUAUCAAACUGCUUGCUCCACUUUCCAGAGAUCAUUAAUACUGUUGUAACUUUCUGUCGGUAAAUCGAAAUAUUUCGAAUAAAAUCAGCGGUUAGUUUCUUGUUCCUUGCUUCACCUAUGCAUAAAUCAGUUGUUACUUG